CUCUGAUCCCCGUCAUCCACGGAGACAGACAGCUGCUGUUUGACACAACACGGGAGACAUGAGCGGACGAGUUGGAGACUUGAGCCCAAAGCAGGCUGAAAUCUUAACUGAGUUUCGGGACAGGAUCCAGGACAUCCUCCCCAACCUGCCCGCACAGCACGACCACUACCUCCUCCGAUGGCUCCGAGCUCGAAGCUUCAAUGUUCAGAAAACAGAAGCCAUGGUCAGAAAGCACCUGGAGUUCAGGAGGAAGAUGAACGUGGACAACAUCAUAUGUGACUGGAAACCUCCAGAGGUCAUUGAUAAGUACGUGUCUGGAGGGAUGUGUGGAUACGACCGAGAGGGAAGUCCCAUCUGGUACGAUGUGAUCGGCCCUCUGGAUCCCAAAGGUCUGCUGCUGUCAGCGACCAAACAGGACUACAUGAAGACAAAGAUCCGACACUCGGAGAUGCUGCAGCGGGAGUGUAGGAGGCAGUCGGAGAAGUUGGGGAAGUACGUGGAAUCGGUCACUCUGAUCUAUGACUGUGAAGGGCUCGGACUGAAACACGUUUGGAAACCUGCUAUUGAGGCCUACGGAGAGAUCCUCACCAUGUUUGAGGAAAAUUAUCCAGAGGGGCUGAAAAGAGUGUUUCUUAUCAAAGCUCCUAAAAUGUUUCCUAUGGCCUACAACUUAAUAAAACCCUUUCUGUCGGAGGAGACGCGACGUAAGAUAUUAAUUUUAGGAGGUAACUGGCAAGAAGUUUUACGCAAACAUAUUGAUACAGAGCAGCUUCCUGUGGUUUACGGAGGAACCCUGACUGAUCCUGAUGGAGACCCUCGCUGCAGAACCAUGAUCAAGUAUGGCGGCACGGUGCCCAGGUCGUACUACGUUCGGGAGUCUGUGAAGGUUCAGUACGACAGCAGUGUGACAAUCAGCCGCGGCUCGAGCUUCCAGCUGGAAUACGAUGUUCCUGCACCCCUCAGCCUUCUGAGGUGGCAGUUUGCCAGCGAUGGAGCAGAUAUCGGGUUCGGCGUGUACAGACGGACCAAAGAGGGCGGCGGUCAGAAAGUGGCUGAGAUGCUGCAAGUUCUGCCCAGUGAACGCUACAAUGCACACCUGGUCCCUGAAGACAGCUGCCUCACCUGCUCCGAGCCUGGAGUCUACGUGCUGUGUUUUGAUAACAGCUACAGCAUCCUGCAGUCCAAGAAGGUGAGCUACAACGUCGAGGUCGUUCCUCCUCCCUUAGACGGAUGCGGCAGAGGAGACGGGAGGCUGCAGUGAGGAGGUCCUCCCCUGAAAACACAGACCCCUGUGUUCACGCACCAUCACCAAAAUCAAUGCUUUGUCAUCAGGGCUGGGUUAACCCCGAGGGAAAAGCGUGAGCUGUGGAGGCAACACCGCCAUUUCUCCCACUCUGUGCAUUGUGUGUGUUAGUUUGCAAUUACUAAUUCUUUUACUUUUAUCAAAAUGAAAGUGUAACUUAAGUCUCCAAGUUUCACCUCUGAACACAGACUGCAUCACUGAUGACCUGGGGCCCCCCGGGACAGUUGCCGGUAGUUUACAUUACAAUGUGGGAAGUUUUACAGUGUCUGACUGCGACAAUUCAAUGACAAUCACGUUAUUUUAUUCAGAAUUUCAAACCGGAGCUACUACCUGUAAAAGCUCGUCGUUUAGGAUCACUUCCUGAAGCUUCAUCCAAGGAAGGUUAAAAUCAAAAGCAACUGGACUUGGUUGAAGCUAUUCGAAAAGGUUUCGUCUCUCAUCUGAGAGACUUUUUCAGGCCUGAGACUCGGCCUCGGGUGUCUCCAACGACCAUAUCGCAGCACUAACGAACCAAGCGUUAUAGAUCAUCGCGACACACGACCCCACAGAGGUGAAAUAGCCGAGUUUCCUCACCAGUCAGAAGAAGUCUCUUGGAUGAGAGACAAAACAUCUUCUAGUAUCUUAAACUAAGUCCAGUUGCCCUUGAUUUUAACCUGGAUGACUGAGAACCUUCACAGACAUCUUCCUAAAGCUUUAGCAUGUUUUUGUAAUUUCAUCUUUAGACUGUGAGAAGCUGAUGUGUCACUGUAUUUUUACGCCUGGCCUAUAGGGGGAAACCUGAGCAUAGGAUAAGUGUCUCGCCCAUAGACUGUAUAUAAGAAGUGGUCGUAGUCAUCGUGACGUCACCCGUUGGUUUGUGGACUGCCGUUUUGAAGCCUCGAGUUUGCUCUGAGCGCUGGUUAAAUUUACACAGUGCGGAGGGUACGAGUCACUCUAUCCUGAUUGACAGAUCGCCAUGGUAUCGACUUGUUAAUCACAGAUAAUCCCGCCCUGAAGCAUACUCUGCUUAUGGUCUCUUUUCCUCUAAAUGGGAUCAUAAUUUACUAAAUGAACAUCAUGCUGUGUUGAAGA